GGAGGAGAAGCCUGGGGACACCGGCCAGCAGAGAUAGACAGAUUGAAUGGCCUAGCAGGGCCUACAGCCACUGGGAAAGAACUACACAUGCGUGCACCCCUUCGCACCUCCCAGCACUGGACAGGCGAUGUUCGUCCCCAGGGCUGUCUCCAAGAGCCUGGGGCUGCCUCGCAAGGACGCAUCUCUUCACUGGAUGUCAGCUACCAAGUUCCUGAGUCAGUGUGAAGCCAGUGCAGAUGACUACCUGGUUGUUGGGGUCCCAGUCAACGCUGGCAAAUAUACCUACCAGGCAGUGAAGUCAGAGCAAGGCAGGCCCACAGGACACACUGGGUUUGGAAGAGGAAAGGAAAGGCAGAGUUGCAUCACUUCAAGGGACAGAGGGACUUCUGCAGAGGCCAAGGAAGCCGCUUUGGCAGCCCAGGGGACCCUGUCGAGAGCAGAUGAGCUGGCGGGCGCGGUGGCGAUCCUGAAGAUGCCUCUGAGCUUCGCGAUGGGACUGCACCAUGCUCACCUGCAGCCUUCGCUCGCCUUCCUGUGGCUCUGUCUUUCUCCUUCCGUGCAGAACUGCUCUGCAUUACGCGUGUGCCUAUGGCCACAGGGAAGUGGUCCAUCUGUUACUCGACUACGAAUGCACCAUCAGUGUCUUCGAUAACGAGCAGUGCACUCCACUUAUUAAGGCCAGCCAGCGGGAGUUUCAUUUGUGUGUCGAUACCCUGCUUACACAUGGAGCUGAUCCGAACGACGCAGACAUGUACGGGAACACCGCGCUGCAUUACGCAGCUCUGAAUGAUGACUUAGAACUGGCAGAUCUACUGCUUGCCUACGAUGCAAAUAUCGAGGCAAAAACAAAGGAAGGCUUCACGCCAUACCUCCUUGCUCUACAGGAAAACAAAGAUUUUAUAGCAGAAUUUUUGGAACACAUGGGCGCAGAUAUACAUGCGGAGGAGCUGCUGGAUAGGAAACACCGUAAAAUGCACCGCAGGAGGAUGUGUAAGCAUACAGUGCGACGUCGAGAAGCAGCUCGCAGUACUUCUCCGAGCUUCUAUCGCAGGGAGUGUUCUGGGAUACCUUCAAGAGAAGAACAUGAUAUAGACACACAGCGCAGACUCUGCCAAUAUGCAGCCUGGCGACCAACAGAGGUGCUCGUGAUUCCUGAAACUGAAAGAGACGAGCAAGACAAUGACUUCAAUGCCCAGGUUGAACGAGUGAGGAAGAAAUGCUUACUUAAGGAACUGACAGGCUCAGAGAAGUUACAUCGUAGAGCCGCAGCUACUGUUUCUGCUGCUGCCGAACCUGCUGCCCCUGGUUCUGGUAGCGCAGCUCCUGCCUCCUCUGCCGCUGCUGCUGAUGGCACUGAUCCUCCUGUUCCUGCUACUCCUGCCCCUCCUGCUUCUCCUGCCCCAACUUCUACUCCUGCCACUACUAUCCCUGAUGUUGACCCAUUCGAUUCUCCUGCUCCUUCUGCUUGUGAUACUCUGGAUGGUUCUGAUGCUCCGGAUGCACCUCAUAUUCCUGAUGGUACCGAUACUCUGCAUGGUCCCGAUUCUCCAGAUGGUCCUGAUUCUCUGGAUGUUCCCAAUCCUCUGCAUGAUCCUGAUACUCCCACUGACCUUUCUGCUCCUGCUGAUCAUGCUCCCCUUUCUUCUCCUAUAUAUCUGCACCUGCUCUUCCUCCUCGUCUUGCUUGUCUUCUUCCACCUGCCCCUGCCAUUCCUCAUGCCCCUGUUGUUCCUGCUGCUCCUAGUGAUGCUUUGUCCUUACCGUCCUCAUGCUCCCCUUGCCUCAUCUGCACCGGACACUGCUGAUGGUCCGGACACUUAUGAUGGUCCAGAUACUCCUGAUGGUGCAGACACUCCUGAUGAUCCAAACACUACUGAUGGUCCGAAUAUCACUGAGGGUAAUGAUAGUCCCAAUGGUCCAGACAAUUCUGAUCGUCCAGCUAAUGCUGAUGGUCCAGACACUCCAGAUGGUCCGUACAUUCCUGAUGGCUUGGACACUUCUGAUGGUCCAGUAUUUCCCGAUGGUUCAAAAUAUCCUGAUGUUCCAGACACAGCUAAUGGUCCAUAUACUUCUGAUGCUCCAGAUAGUACCAAUGUUUCAGAAUAUCCUGAUGGUCUGGUCACUCAUCAUGGUCCAGUAACUUCCAAUGCUUCAGAUAACCCUGAUCUUCCGGUCACUCCUGAUGGUCUGGACGCUUGUGAUUGUCCAGAUACUAUUAAUGAUUCAGACAAUACUCAUGGUCUGGUCACUCCUGCUGGUCCAGACACUCCUGAUGAUCUACACACUCCUGGUGGACCGGAUAGUCCUGAUAGUUCAGAUGAUCCCGAUGGUCCUAACACCUGUGAUGUUCCAGUUACUCAUGAUGGUCCGGAUAACCAUGAUGAUCCGGACACUUUGGAUGGUCCAGAUAAUACCGUUGUAUUAGAUAAUCCUGUUGGUCCAGACACUCCUGAUGUUUCGGACACUUCUGAUGGUCUGGAUAAGCCUGAUGGUCCAGAUAAUCCCGAUGGUCCAGACACUCGCGAUGGUCCAGACACUCCUCACAGUAUGGACACUUGUGAUGAUCCUGAUACUUCUGCUGUUCCCAAUACUUCUGAGGCUCCCACUACUUCUGUUGGUUUUGAAAUUUCUAAUGGUUCCAGUACAUCUGAGAAUCCCCGUGUUUCUGAUGGUCCCGAUGCUCAGGAUGGUCCUGAUUCACCUGCACCUCCUGCUGCCCUUCUUGAUCCUGCUAUUACUGUGGAUGCUGAUGUGCCUGCCCCUCGUUCUGUUCCUGCCGAUGGUCCCGCAUCUCCUAAGGCUGCUGACUAUGAUGAUGAAAAACAUGCUCUAAAAGCUGUGAAAGACGUUCCAACUAAGGAGAAAAAUGAUAAAAAUGAAAGUGCUUGUCCUUUGGAGAAAGGAAACAAACAUGAAAUUACAAAAAGUCCAUUGAAAGAAUUGGUGAGAAUACCAACACCUAAGACAUCUACUGCAGAAAUGGACACACCGAAGGGAGUGAGCGGUCAUCUCGAGUCAGAUUCCACCAUCAGAAUGGAACGUAAUAAUCAAGCAUUUUCAUACAAAUGCCUAAUGAAUGGAGCCCCCUGCCCUCUGGCAGAAGAAAAGAAAAGUGAAAAUAGCAAAUUCACUACAAGCGAAUCCAUGUCUGCAUCAACCAGCGCGGGGUCUCCUUUUGAAAUGGGGACUGUGCCCGAACCGCAAGUUGACGGUAGUCACGUGUCCGGUGAUCUACACCGAACUGGGAGAAGAAAUGAAAGAGCCUAUCCUUUGGAGAAAGGAAAUAAAAGUGCAAUUACAAAAAGUCAAUUGAGAGAAUUGGUGAGAAUACCAACACGUGAGACAUCCACUUCAGAAAUGGACUCUCCUUACAGUCCUGACACUUCUGGUGUCCCAGAUACUCUUGAUGGUCCGGACACCCACAAUGGUCGGGACACUUGUGAUGGUCCAGAUACUACCACUGUUUCAGAUCAUCCUGAUUGUCCGGACACCCCUGAUGGUACAGACACUUCUGAUGGUCCACAUAAUCCUGAUGGUCCAGACAUUCCUGAGGGUCCGGACACUCCUGAUGGUGCGGAUAUUCCUGUUGGUUCAGAUAAUCCUCAUGAUCCGGACACUCCUGAUGGUCCAGACAUUCCUUUCAGUCUGGGCACUUCUGAUGAUACUGACACCUCUGAUGUUCUUGAUACCUCUGAGGGUCCCAUUACUCCUGUUGGUCCCAUAAAUUCUGAUGGUUGCAGUACUUCUGAGAGUUCCCGUGUUUCUCAUGGUCCCAAUGCUCAGGAUGGUCCAGAAUCUCCUGCUCCUCUUGCUGCCCUUCUGGAUCCUGCUAUUUCUGAGGAAGCUGAGGUUCCUGCCACUCUUUCUGUUCCUGCCGAUGGUCCGGCAUCUCCUAAUGCUGCUGACUAUGAUGAUGAAGAACAUGCUCUACAAGUUGUAAAAGUCGUUCCCACUAAGGAGAAAAAUGAUAAAAAUGAAAGUGCCUGUCCUUUAGAGAAAGUAAACAAACAUGAUAUUACAAAAAGUCCAUUGAACGAAUUGGUGAGAACAUCAACACAUAAGACAUCUACGGCAGAAAUGGACACAUUGAUGGAAGUGAACUUUCAUCGCGUGUCAGGUGAAGUCCAGCACACAGGGAGCAGGCUUAAUGAUGGAGCUAGGGAAUCAAGCCAAGACGGCACGCUUUGUGAACAAGAGUCUACUGUCAGAUUGGAACGUAAUGAUCAAGCAUUUUCAUACAAAUGCCAGAGAAAUGAAAGAGCCUAUCCUUUGGAGAAAGGAAAUAAAAGUGCAAUUACAAAAAGUCAAUUGAGAGAAUUGGUGAGAAUACCAACACGUGAGACAUCUGCUUCAGAAAUGGACUCUCCUUACGGUCCUGACACUUCUGGUUUCCCAGAUACUCUUGAUGGUCCGGACACCCACGAUGGUCUGGACACAUGUGAUGGUCCAGAUACUACCACUCUUUCAGAUCAUCCUGAUGGUCCGGACACCCCUGAUGGUACAGACAUUUCUGAUGGUCCACAUAAUCCUGAUGGUCCAGAUAUUCCUGAUGGUGUGGACACUCCUGAUGGUCUGGAUAUUCCUGUUGGUUCAGAUAAUCCUUAUGAUCCGGACACUCCCGAUGGUCCAGACACUCCUUACAGUCUGGGCACUUCUGAUGAUCCUGAUCCCGCUGAUGUUCCUGAUGCUUCUGAGGGGCCCAGUACUCCUGUUGGUCCCAUAACUUCUGAUGGUUGCAGUACUUCUGAGAAUCCCCGAGUUUCUCAUGGUCUCAAUACUCAGGAUGGUCCUGAAUCUCCUGCUCCUCUUGCUGCCCUUCUGGAUCCUGCUAUUUCUGAGGAAGCUGAUGUUCCUGCCCCUCUUUCUGUUCCUGCCGAUGGUCCCGCAUCUCCUAAUGCUGCUGACUAUGAUGAUGAAGAACAUGCUCUACAAGUUGUAAAAGUCGUUCCCACAAAGGAGAAAAAUGAUAAAAAUGAAAGUGCCUGUCCUUUGGAGAAAGUAAACAAACGGGAAAUUACAAAAAGUCCAUUGAACGAAUUGGUGAGAACAUCAACACCUAAGACAUCUACUGCAGAAAUGGACACAUUGGUGGAAGUGAACGGUGAUCUCGUGUCAGAGUCCACUGUCAGAUUGGAACGUAAUGAUGAAGCAUUUUCAUACAAAUGCCACAGAAAUGAAAGAGCCUAUACAUCCGCUUCAGAAAUGGACUCUCCUUACGGUCCUGACACUUCUGGAGUCCCAGAUACUCUUGAUGGUCCGGACACCCACGAUGGUCAGGACACAUGUGAUGGUCCAGAUACUACCACUCUUUCAGAUCAUCCUGAUGGUCCGGACACCCCUGAUGGUACAGACAUUUCUGAUGGUCCACAUAAUCCUGAUGGUCCAGAUAUUCCUGAUGCUGCGGACACUCCUGAUGGUCUGGAUAUUCCUGUUGGUUCAGAUAAUCCUCAUGAUCCGGACACUCCCGAUGGUCCAGACACUCCUUACAGUCUGGGCAGUUCUGAUGAUCCUGAUCGCUCUGAUGUUCCUGAUACUUCUGAGGGGCCCAGUACUCCUGUUGGUCCCAUAACUUCUGAUGGUUGCAGUACUUCUGAGAGAACCCGUGUUUCUCAUGGUCCCAAUGCUCAGGAUUGUCCUGAAUCUCCUGCUCCUCUUGCUGCCCUUCUGGAUCGUGCUGUUUCUGUGGAAGCUGAGGUUCCUGCCCCUCUUUCUGUUCCUGCUGAUGUUCCCGCAUCUCCUAAUGCUGCUGACUAUGAUGAUGAAGAACAUGCUCUACAAGUUGUAAAAGUCGUUCCCACAAAGGAGAAAAAUGAUAAAAAUGAAAGUGCCUGUCCUUUGGAGAAAGUAAACAAACGGGAAAUUACAAAAAGUCCAUUGAACGAAUUGGUGAGAACAUCAACACCUAAGACAUCUACUGCAGAAAUGGACACGUUGAUGGAAGUGAACGGUCAUCGCGUGUCAGAGUCCGCUGUCAGAUUGGAACGUAAUGAUCAAGCAUUUUCAUACAAAUGCCACAGGAAUAAAAGAGCCUAUCCUUUGGAGAAAGGAAAUAAAAGUGCACUUACAAAAAGUCAAUUGAGAGAAUUGGUGAGAAUACCAACACGUGAGACAUCCGCUUCAGAAAUGGACUCUCCUUACGGUCCUGACACUUCUGGUGUCCCAGAUACUCUUGAUGGUCCGGACACCCACGAUGGUCUCGACACAUGUGAUGGUCCAGAUACUACCACUCUUUCAGAUCAUCCUGAUGGUCCGGACACCCCUGAUGGUACAGACACUUCUGAUGGUCCACAUAAUCCUGAUGGUCCAGACAUUCCUGAUGGUCCGGACACUCCUGAUGGUCCAGAUAUUCCUGUUGGUUCAGAUAAUCCUCAUGAUCCGGACACUCCCGAUGGUCCAGACACUCCUUACAGUCUGGGUACUUCUGAUGAUCCUGAUCCCUCUGAUGUUCCUGAUGCUUCUGAGGGGCCCAGUACUCCUGUUGGUCCCAUAACUUCUGAUGGUUGCAGUACUUCUGAGAAUCCCCGAGUUUCUCAUGUUCCCAAUACUCAGGAUGGUCCUGAAUCUCCUGCUCCUCUUGCUGCCCUUCUGGAUCCUGCUAUUUCUGAGGAAGCUGAUGUUCCUGCCCCUCCUUCUGUUCCUGCCGAUGGUCCCGAAUCUCCUAAUGCUGCUGACUAUGAUGAUGAAGAACAUGCUCUACAAGUUGUUAAAGUUGUUCCCACUAAGGAGAAAAAUGAUAAAAAUGAAAGUGCCUGUCCUUUGGAGAAAGUAAACAAAUGGGAAAUUACAAAAAGUCCAUUGAACGAAUUGGUGAGAACAUCAACACCUAAGACAUCUACUGCAGAAAUGGACACAUUGGUGGAAGUGAACGGUGAUUGCGUGUCAGAGUCCGCUGUCAGAUUGGAACGUAAUGAUCAAGCAUUUUCAUACAAAUGCCACAGGAAUAAAAGAGCCUAUCCUUUGGAGAAAGGAAAUAAAAGUGCACUUACAAAAAGUCAAUUGAGAGAAUUGGUGAGAAUACCAACACGUGAGACAUCCGCUUCAGAAAUGGACUCUCCUUACGGUCCUGACACUUCUGGUGUCCCAGAUACUCUUGAUGGUCCGGACACCCACGAUGGUCUCGACACAUGUGAUGGUCCAGAUACUACCACUCUUUCAGAUCAUCCUGAUGGUCCGGACACCCCUGAUGGUACAGACAUUUCUGAUGGUCCACAUAAUCCUGAUGGUCCAGAUAUUCCUGAUGGUGCGGACACUCCUGAUGGUCUGGAUAUUCCUGUUGGUUCAGAUAAUCCUCAUGAUCCGGACACUCCCGAUGGUCCAGACACUCCUUACAGUCUGGGCAGUUCUGAUGAUCCUGAUCCCUCUGAUGUUCCUGAUGCUUCUGAGGGGCCCAGUACUCCUGUUGGUCCCAUAACUUCUGAUGGUUGCAGUACUUCUGAGAAUCCCCGAGUUUCUCAUGGUCCCAAUACUCAGGAUGGUCCUGAAUCUCCUGCUCCUCUUGCUGCCCUUCUGGAUCCUGCUAUUUCUGAGGAAGCUGAUGUUCCUGCCCCUCUUUCUGUUCCUGCCGAUGGUCCCGCAUCUCCUAAUGCUGCUGACUAUGAUGAUGAAGAACAUGCUCUACAAGUUGUUAAAGUUGUUCCCACUAAGGAGAAAAAUGAUAAAAAUGAAAGUGCCUGUCCUUUGGAGAAAGUAAACAAACGGGAAAUUACAAAAAGUCCAUUGAACGAAUUGGUGAGAACAUCAACACCUAAGACAUCUACUGCAGAAAUGGACACAUUGGUGGAAGUGAACGGUGAUUGCGUGUCAGAGUCCACUGUCAGAUUGGAACGUAAUGAUCAAGCAUUUUCAUACAAAUGCCACAGAAAUGAAAGAGCCUAUCCUUUGGAGAAAGGAAAUAAAAGUGCACUUACAAAAUGUCAAUUGAGAGAAUUGAUGAGAAUACCAACACGUGAGACAUCCAAUUCAGAAAUGGACUCUCCUUACGGUCCUGACACUUCUGGUGUCCCAGAUACUCUUGAUGGUCCAGACAGCCACGAUGGUCUGGACACAUGUGAUGGUCCAGAUACUACCACUCUUUCAGAUCAUCCUGAUAGUCCGGACACCCCUGAUGGUACAGACAAUUCUGAUGGUCCACGUAAUCCUGAUGGUCCAGAUAUUCCUGAUGGUCCGGACACUCCUGAUGGUCUGGAUAUUCCUGUUGGUUCAGAUAAUCCUCAUGAUCCGGACACUCCCGAUGGUCCAGACACUCCUUACAGUCUGGGCACUUCUGAUGAUCCUGAUCCCUCUGAUGUUCCUGAUGCUUCUGAGGGGCCCAGUACUCCUGUUGGUCCCAUAACUUCUGAUGGUUGCAGUACUUCUGAGAGUCCCCGUGUUUCUCAUGGUCCCAAUGCUCAGGAUGGUCCAGAAUCUCCUGCUCCUCUUGCUGCCCUUCUGGAUCAUGCUAUUUCUGAGGAAGCUGAGGUUCCAGCCCCUCUUUCUGUUCCUGCUGAUGUUCCCGCAUCUCCUAAUGCUGCUGACUAUGAUGAUGAAGAAUAUGCUCUACAAGUUGCUAAAAGUCGUUCCCACUAA